AUGUCAGACGAAAACUCACCAUCAGCCGAAGACACUAUUGAAGAUGAAAAUUCCGUUCUAUUUGGAAUCGCCUCUCCCCUACGGGCUUAUUCUGGACGUAGGAAGCCAGUGGAAUGUGUAGGCGAAAUUUCGACUAUUAGGUGGCUGGGCAUGCUUCUGGUAAAGCUACAACUACCGAAUUUUAUGUCUGAAGAGAAUAUUAUGUCCAUGGCUUCAUAUGAUUUGUCCUGGAAGUUGGAAACAACUGCGAAGAUAGACGAUGUCAAUGAAAAAUGCAACUAUUUCUCCGGCGAGGUUGAACUCCCCCAGCUUGACAUGAUGCAUAAUCUGACUUCUUUACCACCCAAAGAUGUUGCUGAUCUGCUGGUAAAUGCCUACUUCACCACCGUUCAUCCUCUCUUCCCCGUUCUUCCAAAGGUAAGAUUCCUGUCUCGAUAUAAUUCCUACUACCACAACGGGAGCGACCCGCUUGGCGUUUACCCCUGGCUGGCUCUCUUAAAUAUGGUGCUUGCGCUCGGAUCUUUGUGGGCUCGUUAUACACAGAUACCGACAGGUGAAGUAGAGGACCAUAGCAUAUACUGUGCCAGAUCACAGGCUUUGGCUCAGGGGAUAGUCGACCCCCGCGGCUAUCCGGACACAUAUUCCUCAGCAUGGACAUCAGUCACCACUGCGCUGAAGUUUGCGUAUAAUCGAUCUCUCAAUGUACAAGCCACUGCCCCUGAACUCUCCGGAGAAUCCAAGCAGCUUGAAGCUCGCGUUUGGCACUCACUUCGAUCUCUAGAGCAGUUCCUCUGCAUACUCACAGGAUAUCCAUCUGAAUUUCAAGGUCAGCCAAUUCACAUUAGGCCGUUCCAAACUACUGAGCCACCUUUCAUCAGAAGUCCUCUUCCUCUGGCCAACUUCAAUAUCCUAGGUAAUACAUUAGACCUGGAACUCUCCGCCGUCUACUCCUUUGACGAGGAAUACCCAUCCAGCAAUUUCAUCACCGGGCUCCGACUAGAUGAAAUUGUAAACGAAGCCAUAACCUCUCUGUACGGCAUGAAGUCUCUCGAUAAUACAUGGGCACAUACGCAGCGCCUGAUAAGCGAUUUAGACAACAAGUUAAGCCAAUGGUACGCAAGCAUUGACCCUGGCUUCCCAUACACCGUCCAAUCCAUAGACCUCUGCGCUCCUCCCUCCACGAGCCUAACAUACCUGCACCUCCGCUACUUUAGCGCAAGGAUACUGAUCAACAGACCUGUUCUGUGUGAUCCGUCCGAACUAAUUCUAACCAUUCCUUACCAAUCUGAGGCGUCAAGGCAGAUGGACUCCGAUGCAGCUGUGCGUUGCAUAUCGGCUGCUCGACAGAUACUGCAGCUUCUGCCGCUGAACAUCGAUAUCGUCGAACUACAUGGCAAGACCCCCUGGUGGUGUAUACUGCAUUACAUAGUGCAGGCCAGUAGUGUGCUUAUAACGGAACUUUCGUUCGAUGAGCCCCAUUUACCGAUGGAAAUGGAUGAUAUUAUUAGCCAGUCGGACCUAGCUAUUCGUUGGCUAUCUACUCUCGCUGGGACAUGCGAGUCAGCUAGCAAGGCAUGUCAUUGUAUGAAUAGCCUGCACCAUCUUGCGCUGGAGAAGCGCGAGAGAGCUAGUCAGGGACACGGCCAGUGA